CUGACGUACUACGGUAAAUAUCGAUCCAAUUAUAGAUUAUGAAAAUGGAAGUAGAAUUGUAGCGCUGGGGAUUUCUAGUAAAUAGACUUAGGUCAAAAUUUUAAACAUGGAACUUAUGCAUGCUUUAUACUAACUGCAGGCGCUUGUUAUAUUAUUAAUUAACAACAUUACAAACGUAGGAAUCUUUAAAAUGGAAUCUGAUAAUCCGUCGGAUAACAUGCUUAUUAGCAAUUCAACCAGUAUGACUGACAGUAACAAAACCGACAAGUACACACAGAGGCUUAAUAAUGUGUUCAAAGUAUCGCUAGUUGUUAACAUUUUUCUACUGUGCACGCUCAUAUUUUUGUUUAUUUUUAAAACAUUCGGAAAAAAUGACGAUGAUGAUGCUAAAGCUGAUUAUGUUAAUAUAAAAAUGCCGGAUUCUGGAGUUUGUUUUCCAUGUGAUUAUCUUGGACCUGAUGUUAAAAAGGAGGACACUUUAUAUGACCACAUACAAGUAACAGAAAACGGACAGAAGCUUUGUUGCAUAACAAGUCUCCCAGACAUCACGACUCUGAUGCGAAAGGUUGUCGAACGUCAGUUUCCACCCGGUGAACAUGACUACACUGAAGAUUCAAGGGUUCGCCAAUCAAUCAAAUGGUGGAGGGAGAGACCACAUUCAAUUCACAUGUACCAUGACACCACAGCAAACAAUUUAACAUGGACUUUGCGAGAAGAUGGACUAGGAACAGCCUUCACCAAUGGAAUCCAUGUUGUUGACAACAGAUUUGUAGUUCCCAGACAUGAUCUCGGCGACUCAGCACUAUACUUUAUAUACGCAGCUGUCACAUUCGACUUUGCAGACGAGAGUUACUUAAAAGUAGUGCCGACAGUAUAUCAUAACAUUACUCGUCGCCAUCCAAAUCUGCCGAAAACAGGAGAAAUUUCCAUGUUGAUGAGCAAAUAUGGUGGAUCGGCAGAAUCAGAUCGAAUCCACACCAGCUUCUUAUGUGGUACAUUUAAAUUACAAAGUGGUUAUGAAAUUGGUUCAUAUGUUGAUUCGUUUGAAUAUGUUAAGAAAUCCACAUAUGCUAGCUAUUUUGGUAUGUUUAGGUUGUGAUUGUGUGUGAUAGUGGACAAAUUUGUACGUGUAUUAUGAGAGAUAGAAUUAGUGAGCGUGAGAAUGCAUCUGUAUUAUAAUCGGAGGUUAAUAUUGUACUAAAUCUCUUCGUUGUUUAUCGUUUAUUGUUUUAAGUUUUAAUUAUGACUUUAUCAAAUGGCACUCGUUUAUAGGUUAUUAUUAUAUUGAAGUUGCUUUUACACUUUACUUUUUGAAAAAUGAGUUGAAUCAGAAUGAUAAGGAUCAUGAUUGUUAUUGACUGAAUCUGUUUUAUCGUUUUGGGUUUAUUGUUGUAAAGUUACAUGUUAACCAUGAUUUUUAGCAUAAAUAGAACUAUUAAUUGUUACGUUUUAUUCUCUGUUAGGCAAUUGAAAAGUAUAUAAAUGGCUUGAAAAUGGAUUAAGUCAGAUUUUAUAUGGAUUUAAAAUUGCUGUGAGAUCAUGAGGAUGUAUUUUGAAGGCCUGAUUUGAAUUUUAAAAAUGACUUGCGAAGUAUAUAGGAAUGAAAUAAAAUAACACAAAACUAGCCGAUGAGUUUAAAAGAUAAAAGUACCACAACUUAAAAAAUAAAUAGAUAAAAAAAAACCAAAUAAUUGCAACCUAAUAUUUUGUCCCAAUAAGCGUUGGUUAGCAGAUAAUAAAAUAAAUCCACCAUGAAUGAAUGAGAACAGUAGUCGUUCCGUCCUCAUUUAGUCUGGAUGUUCUUUCGUUUUUAUUGGCUGGUUCCAUGCACUGGAUUUUAUUUCUGAAUGUAAAGUAAAUUGCCCGGAUGAUCUGAACAGAUAAAAAUGAUAAAAACUCAACGUGUUCCUUUUUGGUAAAAUUGCAGUAUAAAGCUUAAAGUAAGCCAUCUAAAAGAAAACAUAAUUAGAAAGUCUUAACUAUCAAAUUAUAACUUGAAAUAGUCAGAAUUUUGAAAUGCAUGUAUGACGUGUUGUAUUGAGAAUUUUAGGUAAAUAUUUUAGGUCUUUUUAAAAUACCAAUACUGUGAAAUAGAAAGUAGGGUAUGGUCAUAUGCCUUUUGUGGUCGUGUAAUGGUAUGUCAAUGACGUCAUUAUUGGUGUUGUUGUCAUAACAUUCUGGAAAAUGGUGGCUAUUUCUAUCAUUUAUUUGUACUAAAUACCUAAAUAAUCUAACAUAGCGAUUCUUUUCACAAAAUAACAUAAUUUGUUCAAAGAUAUUGGUGAUUCUUGCAAGAUUCAUUUCCUUUUCCUAUUUAUGCUUUGGUUUUAAUAUAUGCUAGAUAAAACAAAACUCGAAAUAGACCGUAACUUAAUUGUUUAAAUUUUGUGUUGGUAUUUGUUUUUAUUUUAUAUUUCCUUUUCCUAUAUUUGCUUUGGUUUUUAUAUAUGCUAGAUAAAACAAAACUCAAGUAUACCGCAAUUUAAUUGUUUAAAUUUUGUGUUGGUACUUGUUUUCAUUUUAUAUUUCCUUUUCUUAUAUUUGCUUUGGUUUUUAUAUAUGCUACAUAAAACAAAAUUCGAAAUAGACAGCAACUUAAUUGUUUAAAUUUUGUGUUGGUACUUGUUUUUAUUUUAUAUUUCCUAUGCCUAUAUUUGCUUUGGUUUUUAUAUAUGCUAGAUAAAACAAAACUCGAAAUAGACCGCAUCUUAAUAGUUUUAAUUUUGUGUUGGUACUUGUUUUUAAUUUAUAUUCUUUAUACAAAGAGUCUAAAGAAGGAAUAUCCCUUGAGAUCUUAUGUGGAUGAAUUGUUCAAAUAAUUUUUAAAACCAGGUCAAGACAUUUUAAACAUUUGUUGCCGCCCUUAUUGCUGGCGACAUUUAAGAGACUAAAAAGAAGCUUUUGCAAUAAAUUAAAACUUUUUUUUAGAGAUUAAGUGAUAUAUUUGUUGCCGCCCUUAUUGUUGUCGACAUUUAAGAGACUAAAAAGAAGCUUUUGCAAUAAAUUCAAACUUUUUUUAGAGAUCAAGUUUUAUUUUUAAUUCUAAUGCUAUGAUUUUGUUUUCAAUCAAAUUUGACCAUCAUCUUAUGUUGCAAGUGGGAUAAUUUUAUGAACUGGCAAUAACUUUUUUUCUUCGACUUAAAAGAACCAAAUUCCGAAUGAUUAGGCUUUUAUUGUAUUAGGAUUUUAUCGUUUCUUUCCUUUCUAGCUCUAAUACAAGCAAUAUAAUUAUAUACUUUGUAGUAUAUACAAGAUUUGUUGUAGGUUUAUAGCCGUUUCUUUUCUCCAUGGUCAGCUCGAUUUAUUUACCAAUAAUUAUGUUUAUGGAAGUAUAUUAGGAUUCCUUUCUUAGAACAAACAAUCAGUUGUGUGUCCAUGUAAAGGAAAUCAUUAACAGAAGAUUUGUUAAAUCUUCAUAUAGUUUGAUAUUGUAUCAAGAUCGUCAUUUAUCAUCUGCAUAUACUGUAAAUAUGAACAUACCUACUGCUAUAAUUUGUUAAUAAAAUUGACAAUGUU